AUGCAUUACCCUUCUGUUGGGUUAAUGUGGUACGAGUCCAAGGAGAAACAAUGGAGAUUGGUUUCUGGUUUGAAGCUCAAUGGUUAUUUUGGUGAUGUCGCAAUGGCUGAAUACAACGGGAAGUUAGCGUUUCUAUGGAAAGAAGACAACGGAAGUGAGGUUUGGUGUGGAAUGAUCGCCUUGCAUGGGAGUAAAGUAGCGAUUCGAGGCACGGUCGAGUGGUCCGAUUGCCUACUUUCUAAAGUGCCUGAUGACUACAUCAUUAGGCAUUUUAUAGUUUGUUCCGAUUAA